AUGUCGGCGGCGGCGAGCCCGGUAGAUCUCGGCUCAUCAGCCGUCCAGGCGUUGCGGGAGUCGUUCGGCGACCGCAAGCCGAUCGACAUCAGCCGGAAGAUCACAGCAUGUGUGGCGUGCCGGAAGCAGAAAAUCAAAUGCCACAUGGGAGAUGGUGUCCCGCCGUGCACGAGAUGCAGGAAGAGAGGGCUGUCGUGUGUUGUGAAUCGGAGUCUGCAGAUGCUCCUUGAAAGCGAUGUGGCGUGGAAGGCAAACAUCGAGGAGAAACUGCGACAGCUCGAAGAUUCUGUCAACCUUCUCCACCAGAGAUCUGGAUCAGAUGCCCCUUCAAAUGCCCUGCUGCAGGCGACCGCGGCACCAUCACAACAGGCCCCCAGCCAGCCCGAUGCCACCAUGACGACGGCGACGACGACCGGGCAGCCUCAGCAAAAGGAGCAAGGGUGGGAAGUCGUGAUGGACAUGAACAGGGGCCCGGCCGUCAUCCCUGCCUCAUGCGUGUCCGAGGUAUCGGAUGCUUCGCCAGCCGCGACGCGCCAAAGCCUCGUCGACGACUUCGACCUGAUCGACCGUGGCAUCAUCAGUCUGGACGACGCCGAAUCCUUCUUCCGCCUGUACGCCCGACGCCUCGACCACUUCUUGUACACGAUCCUGGCCGAGCAUGACUCGCUGGCAAGCGUGAGGAAGAGCUCGCCGCUCCUCACUGCCGCGAUCUGUGCCGUGGGAGCCCUCCACACGCCGUCCAACUUAUAUUACGCAUGCUAUCAGCACUUUGUCAGCCUCGCGUCCUCGAGGAUGUUCUCGAAGCGGAACAAUCACGAUGACGUGCGUGCCUUCUGCAUCGCUGCGCGGAUUGCGGGCGAGCUGAACCUUCACCGCUGUAUUCCAAAGGCGCCACACACGAAGAAAGCAUGCUACUUACGCACCCGACUAUACUAUCUGGUUUUUGUGUGUGAUCAUCACUUCUCCAUCUGCUACGGAAGGCCGCCUCUGACACGGGACUUUGGCGCAAUAACGCCUCCCAGUCAGUUUCUGCAGUCCGAGUUCGCGACUGAAGACGACGCCCGGCUGGUCAGCCAGGUGGAGAUCUGGACCAUCAGCACCCGCGUCUUCGACCAGUUCAGUCUCGACCCUGAAGCGCAUCUCUCGGACCAACUGAUCCCACAAUUGCGGCGGCUGAGUAUCGCCUUAGACACCUGGCGUGCCGACUGGAACGAGAGGUUUCACGUCAACGAGUGCGUCGGGAACUAUCCACGAAAAGGAGUAGGCCUUCAUUUCCACUUCGCAAAGCUGUUUUUGUGCUCCCACGUCUUCAGGAGGGCCCCUGCCGCCGAGGGCGAGCAUUUGCAACUGGAUCCUGAUUUGCAGGAGUUCGCCACGAAUGCGGUACACUCGGCGACAUCCAUUCUCCAGGUCAUUGCUGCGGACCGUGAGAUCCAAUCAUAUCUGCAUGGGCUUCCCACGUACUUCGAUACAAUGAUCGCAUUCGCUUUUGUCUUCUUGCUCAAAAUCCGGAUCAAGAACCCCGCAAAUCUCAGAAUCGACAAGGCUGGCAUCUCGGAGACUCUGGAUGCCCUGGCAGUGGUGCUGGAAAACGUGACGACAACCAUGCACCCAAGACAUCUGCUGACAAGCAUUGCUAGCAGUAUGAGAAAGCUGCUUGACCGGUUCCUGCACGGUGCGGGCCAAGAGGCCGCUCCGGCUCAAUCUCAGGCCGUGCCUGGACCGCAACCGCCUUUCGACCUGGACAAUCAGUGGCUCAGCCCUACAGAUGCGAUGUUCCUCGAGAACUACGACUUUCUGUAUUCGCCAGGUGCGGACUUGAACUUCGACCUCGACCUGGGAGUAUCUCAUCACCAGUAA